ACGCCCCCGGGUGCAUGGCGUGACCAGGCUCGGUUGAGCAGUGCAGUUGCAGUGUGAUGGGGUCGAGGCCGGGGUUGACGCUUUGACAGCUAGUAGAGCAGCGAGGGAAAGAGAGUGAGAGAGAGAGUGAGGGAGGAAAAAAAAGCGAGCAAGCUGACCAGAGGCUGCACACUGCUAAAAUAUGUUCGCCAAAGGCAAAGGCUCGGCGGUGCCCUCGGACGGGCAGGCUCGGGAAAAAUUAGCUUUAUACGUUUAUGAGUAUUUGUUGCACGUAGGAGCACAGAAAUCGGCACAGACCUUUCUAUCAGAGAUACGAUGGGAGAAAAAUAUUACGCUAGGGGAGCCACCUGGGUUUUUGCAUUCUUGGUGGUGUGUGUUUUGGGACCUUUACUGUGCAGCUCCUGAAAGACGAGAUACUUGUGAACACUCAAGCGAAGCAAAAGCCUUUCAUGAUUAUAGUGCAGCAGCAGCUCCAAGUCCUGUACUCGGAAACAUUCCUCCCAGUGAUGGCUUACCAGGAGGACCUAUUCCUCCAGGAUUCUUUCAGGGACCACCUGGCUCUCAGCCUUCUCCUCAUGCACAGCCGCCUCCUCACAAUCCUAACAACAUGAUGGGACCCCACAAUCAGCCUUUUAUGUCACCUCGAUAUGCUGGGGGUCCAAGGCCCCCCCUCAGAAUGGGAAACCAGCCUCCAGGAGGUGUUCCAGGUUCACAGCCUUUACUUCCUAACACAAUGGAUCCCAGUCGGCAACAAGGGCAUCCUAACAUGGCAGGUCCAAUGCAGAGAAUGAGUACUCCUAGAGGAAUGGGCCCUAUGGGUCCUGGACCACAGUCUGACCCUUGGUUAUCAUUGCAGAGUUAUGGCGGUGGAAUGAGGCCCCCACCCAACUCAAUAGGUCCUGGCAUGCCUGGAAUUAACAUGGGUCCAGGAACAGGACGACCAUGGCCUAACCCAAAUAACAGUAAUUCUAUUCCUUAUUCGUCUUCAUCUCCUGGCACAUAUGUGGGUCCUCCUGGCGGUGGUGGUCCUCCUGGAACACCGAUUAUGCCAAGCCCAGCAGAUUCCACAAAUUCCAGUGACAAUAUCUACACAAUGAUUAAUGCUGGAGGAAAUCGAACAAAUUUCCCAAUGGGCCCUGGAUCUGAUGGACCCAUGGGGGGGAUGGGCGGAAUGGAACCACAUCAUAUGAAUGGAUCAUUAGGAUCUGGAGAUAUAGAUGGACUUCCUAAGAAUUCUCCCAGUAAUAUAAGUGGAAUCAGCAAUCCUCCAGGUACCCCAAGAGAUGAUGGUGAACUUGGAGGAAACUUUCUCCAUUCUUUUCAGAAUGACAAUGACCAGAGUGAGUCACCAGUGAUCUGGAGGAGUAAAGAAAGUAUGCAAGAAGAAGUCAAAACUUUUGGCAAGGAACUAGGGGAGCAUCCUAAUUUUAGUUUCAUGCAAUAACAGAAAUAAAGGCUGAACUUCUUGUAUUCCAUAAACCAUGAAGGACAUUUUUUUUAAACGUAACCUUCUUUUGGAAGGAUAAUUAUACCUACAGUACAUGACACUUUUUCAACAUUUUAUUUUCUUCAAGUAAAAAGCGAAAGCCUCUAGCGCCCGUCUUGACCUCUUUGCUUUGUUCUUGAAAACUGUUGAAUGUUUGUGAUGUGCUCCUCAAGGAAGCUAGUUGUAGGUAUCCGGUCAUCUUGUCUAUGUUGUAGCUAUUUUUUUAAACCGGACAGUUUACACAUGCACUGUGGUUUUGUUCCAGAAACAAAAGACUUUGGGAAUUCUACUCAAUAAAAUCUCUCUUUUCUCUUACGAUAAGGAGUCAUAAAGGAAGAUGCAUUGCAGCUGUGCUACUUUGAAAUUGUUUGCGGUGAACUGAGUAUGAAACUGAGGAUUCAUUGAACUGGAUGUUUUAUUUUUAUUAUUAUUUUUUUAAUUUGACAAAUUGGAGAUUACCGCGACUAUACAUUGCAUAUUAUGUAAGACAAAUCUAUUUUAAUGGUAUGUAUGUUUGAUUUAAUUUAAAGAUGUUGAUGCAACUCCUUGAGUUAGAUGCAUUUUAAAAUCAUUUUAGAAAUCUCAGCAGUUUAGGGGUUUAUUUUGCUAAAGGACCCUUUUUUGCAAUUGUUUUGUUUUAAAUUUUCUAUUUUGCAACUGAUAUUCUGUAGAUUAACUGUUUAAAAAAAAAAAAGAAAGAAAAGAAAGUAAAAACCUCUACUUGGCAGAGGCAGCUACAGAAAUGUCAAAGUUGGAAUUGUGUGAAAACGGGAAUUACUAUGUACAGUACACUACCUGUAGAUGGUAUUUUUUUUACCCACCUAUAAAAAGUGUAUCAUGUUAUGUAUAAAAUAUUAUCUGCCUGAACAUACCUUUGUGCUGAUUAUUGAACAUUGUAGCUGUUUCUGUGUUUCUUACCAUGUAGUCUGGUUAUAAUGAGAGAAAAAGAAAUUAAUCUGCAUUGUAUUUUGUGUUUCCAGUAUUUAUUUCCCGUUAUUCUCCCCCUUCACCAGUCAGCUAUUUUUGCAGAUGUUUGUCCCAUGUGCCCCCUUGUCCUUACAGCCAGAACUCUGGUAGCAAUAUUAAGUACCUUUUAUGUUUCGGAAUUGAACUUUCUCAAACUCUUUGGGGAAGGGUGGGUUAAAGAAUGGGAGACUCAACAGCAUUAGCCCCAAUGGUUGGGGCACAUCAGGUAAUGUUUGUUUAUUUAUUGAUUCUCUUCUGUACUUUUUCAGUCCCACUUGUUCCCUGUAAAAUUUCAAACAUAACAAAGUCGGUUAGCUUUUUUUUUAUGGGUAAAUAUUUCCCUUCCUUCACUUAUUCCCACUCCCAAAUGUAAUAAAUAAGAAACAAAAACCUG